AUGCCAAACCUUUUGGUCAGAAUCAGUUGUUUGGUUAUUUUGGUUUCAUGGGUCAAAUUUAAAACAUACUCAUUUCUCACAUUAAUUUUAGGGGUAAUUUUGUGCAUUGUUGGAUAUGUUGUUAUUCUGAUAAUUUUCACAAACACUGACCAAUCGAAAAGGAAGGUGAUCAACUCCAAGUUUAAAUUUACAAAACGAGAUAGUUGGGAGUCUGAACUAAAGCAAUUUGAUCAAGAUGGUGAUCAAUUAGAGGUUGGAUUGUUAACUUCGUCAAAUUCCGACAAAUUAAUCAGUCUAUUUGAUCUUAUAAUUAAUGAAUUUAUUAGUUCAUGGUAUGACCAUAUCAGUUCAUCUACUUUAUUCAAGGAUGACAUUAAGAUUGAAUUAGUACAUAUAACUACGCAAAUUGUCUCAAGAUUGAAGAAGCUCGAUUUUGCAAAUUUAUUAGUUACAAAAUUACUACCAAUAUUUAACGAACAUUUUCUAGAGUUCUCCAGAAUGAAGAAAUUUAUUAACGCCCUGGGUACUUUGUCAGAGGAGCAUGAUGAAUUAUUGACUUUUUUCAAUGGUGGUAGCUUACACAUGGGGGUGACCACGAAGAAAACUGAUAUGGCGGAUAGAAACUUCAAUGAAAAGAAAUACUUUAGAAAACAAGUCGAAAAGUUGUUAUCAGUAACUUUAUCUGAAAAGGAACAAUCUUGUGAAAUAAGUAGAAUUUUUGUCACAGAGAUUUUAGCUUGUACAAUUCUUGAUAAUGUGUUCAAUUUGCUAUCGGAAAGUGAUUUUUAUAAUUUGAUGAUUGUAAAAGUUAUUGGUGAUAAUUUGAGAAGAAGAGAUCAGGUUAAGGAGUUAAGAGCAGCAUUGGCCCAGCACACUUUGUCUGGAGAGCAUGAUCUAACAACACUCGAUAAACUAGAUGGUAUUCUAGAUGAUGAAUUACAAGAAAAUGUUAUGAUUGGAGAAAGAGCAGGACUCGAAUCUAUCUUAACAUCUGCUAGCAAAACUAAAGAAUAUUAUGAUUUUUUAUUGUCCAUUGAUAAAGCGUAUCUACUAGAGUUUUGGCAAACAGUUGAACGAAUAAAAUCACCCUUGGAUGACAUCACUAUUAACACGGAGGAUUCUGAUGCGAUUGGGAUUAUUAAACAAAGAUAUUUUGACACCAAAUUGAUUGAUGUGAAUCAAGAAGAGUUGCAACUCCUAAUGGAUGUAAAAUCUGGAAAAUCCAUAUUGUACAAGAUUCAGAAUCGAGUAUUUGAUGAGUUGGUCCUAAAUAAUCCUCAAUUUAUGUCUUCAAAGUUUAACGAGACCAAAAGACAUUCACAAGAUGAUGUAUUAGCUUCUAUAGAAAAUACAUUUUUUGAUAUCAUGAAUAAUAAUACAAACAAACAAGAUGCAACCGAUUUUGAUGAAAAAGAAAAUAGUGACAGGUAUUCAAAAUUAUUCCAGGAUGAGACCUUCGACGAAUCCGAUGAUGAUGAGGAAGAAGAAACAUCUGACACGGAUGAGUCUUUUAUUGAGAAAGGUUCCGAAAGUGUGGAAUUUGCUGCCCCUGGAAAUCUCAAUUUAGCUGAGGAGAUCCCAAAAGUUGAACAAGAAAUUGAAAGUUUAAAACAACAAUUGUCUUACUUGGAACCUUUAUUAAAUAAAGCAGAACUAACAAAUCAUUCUUCAAAGUAUAAAGUUUUACAUAAAUCGAAAAUAGGAGUUCAAAAGGAUUUGCAACUUAAGGAACUACAACUUCAACAAUACAUCAUUCAAGAAAAUGAUAAUAGUUUAUUUGGUAAAUCUAGAGUUAAUAUUGAGUCUUUGGUUAAUGGUAAUGAGAAUGGAAAAGAAUUUGUUUUAUAUAUUAUCGAAGUCCAAAAAUUUUCAAGUGAGAAUCCAGAUAUUAUUAAAGCCGGUUGGGUAGUUGCUAGAAGAUAUAGUCAAUUUCAUAGAUUAAAUGGAUAUUUGAAAAGAAGAUAUCCUCAAGUUCUGAAUUUAAAUUUUCCAAGAAAAUCAAUUCUGGUUUUAAAAUUUCAACAAAAAAAUAUAAUUGAUAAUAGAAGGUAUUUACUUGAAGUAUAUUUAAAAAAUUUAGUUAAUAUACCAGAAGUUUGUGCUGAUAAAGCUUUUAGAUCAUUCUUAUCAUCUGAAAAUUUUCAUUUAAGAAAGUUUCAUCAUAAAUUUGAUGAAAAUCAACCGAAAAGAUUAUCAGGUUUUUUCAGUAAAAAUUGGUAUCUUGGCUUAUCAAGCAAAGCAGUAGUCAAACCUCAAACAAAUGAAGAGUUACUUGAGAAUAAAAGAAUAAUGGAGAAAGAAUUGAGACAAUUUGAUGAAAAGAACAAUUCAAAUUCUAAUUCUUCUUCAUCGGUUUCAUUGUCAAAUACCACACCAACAAAACAAUCUUUUGUCAAACCUAUUUGUGAUAUAAUUAUAACUGUUUUUAACUUACAUUGGUUGAAAGGAAGAGCAUUAGUAGUCAUUUUGCAACAAGUCUUUGGUACAGCUAUUGAAAAUAAAGUUUAUGAAUUUAUUUCUACUCAAACAAAUCCAUUAAAAAUUGAUGAAAUAUUAUUAUUAAUUACAAAUUUAUUAUUUCCUAAUGGUAAAUUUAAAGAUCCACCUGAAAUAAGAACAACAUCUCAAAAAUCAAAAACUGCCAAUGAAGCAAAAAUUUUAUUUCAUAGAUAUAUGAAUGAAAAUUUUACAAAAUUAUUUGGAACUAAUAAUACAGAUUUCGCAUCUAACAUAUUAUUUAAAAUGAUUCAAGUUGAUCAAUUGAAUAAGCAUUUAUUAUUUAGAGUAUUUGAUCAACUUGUUGAUGAAAUUUGUAAGUGA